AUGGACGCGGACAGCGUGGUCAAGACGCUGGCGGAGCUCGAGGCUGAGCGCAGCGGCGACCCGCACCUCCUGCGGGCCCUGGCCAGGCGCUUCCACGACAGCGCGGAGGAGUUCUUCCCGCCCCAGAUAGACGCGCUCCUGGGCCACUUCGCCGCCCUGGGCUUCUCCGACGACCACCUCCUGGAGGGCUUCGCCGGCAGGCUAGACGACGUGGCCUCGGGCGCCUCCCCGCGCCGGCUGGUGCGGCUGAUGCGGCACGGGGCGUCGCUGCGGCUGCGCCCAGAGGCGUGGCUGGACCACGUGCUGCGGGAGGUGCGCGGCCACCUGCCGAAUUUCGAGCACGGCGUCCCCGCGCUGCUGGCCGCGCUGGCGGAGCUGGGCCCGCGGCGGGACACGGAGCUGGCGGAGCUGCUGCUGACGCAGGGGCUGCUCAACGCCGAGCGCCUGGGGGACGGCUACCUCUCGAGGCUCUUCGAGUGCUGGAGUCGGCACUGGCUGCCGCACGGCGAGGUGGAGGAGAAAGCUGCAGCCCUGGCCACGGGCGACGCCAGCGCGGCGGUUGGCGACGGCGACCUGCGGGACGGGCUGAACCUCCUCGCGGGCCUCCUGCGGUGUGACCGCGGCGGGGAAGCGUCGCUCCUGGAGGAGCGACUGGAGGCCCGCAUCCGUGCGGCCUCGGCGGAGGAGGCGGUCGCCGCGCUGUGCUGGAUGCGGCGCCUCGCGGUCCAGAGCGGGCCCCUCUGGCUGGCGUGCGCCGACGCGGUGGAGGUGGCCCUCGGCGACCCGGCCUUCGUGCGUGACAGGCUUCCCGACGCCAUCCACGCGCUGGCAGCCCUGGCGGGGCGCGGCGCGGGCGCCGCAGCGGACGCAGGCCUGGUGGCCGGGCUGCUGCGCGCGCCGGAGACGGCGGCCGCGCUGCCGCGGCGCAGCGCCUCGCAGGCCCUGCAGAUGCUACACGCGGCGUGCUUGCUGGGCGCGGCCAGCGGUGGGCCAGCAGCGGGAGGAGCUGGUGCGGCCGCUGGUGCCGCGCUGCUGCCCCUGGGCGCGCUUGCGACGCAGGCUACGCGCCUGUCCCGGCAGCUGACGCUGCCGGAGCGCAGGACGCUGAGGCUCCUUGCAGAGGUGGUGCAUGCGGGCCACAGCGAGGGGCCUGAGCUCGCGGCUCGCCUGGAAGCUGCGCGGUGCCUCCCAGCGCCGCCGCUGCCGCCCCUUGUCGACACCGAGGCGGAGGCGGACUGGGCGCCCGUGGAAGUGGGCGCCGAGUCGCUGCUUGUGCGCCCGAAUGAUGCGGGUGAGCAGAAGCGGGGCGCGCGCUUCCUGGCCUUCGGGGACGUGUUCGCGGGGCCGCGGCCUUCCGAGGACUCUCUGGUGCUGGCGCCCUCGUGCAGCAUGCUCGUCCGAUCGCUGGAGCUUCAAGGUUGGCAGGUCGACAUGCGCGUGAGGGCAUCUGAGUAA